AUGGGGGUGAACACGGGGUUGCAACACGUUACGCCGGUAAAGCGCGAGAAACGUACCGUGUACAUGGCGCAACCAUCGAUUUUGCGGGGACCGAUUUAUGUUUAUACGGGUUCGUCGGUACAAGCGAACGAAACGAACGGCGUUAAGGCACGAGAAAAGCAGAAAGUCCUGCAAGCGUGUCUCAUUAUCAUCGCCGCUAAAGCUAGGACGAAGGACGAUAAGACGACAGAAAGACAAAACAACAAAAGACGCAAGUCCUACCAGCAAUACAUCAUAUAUUUUCGACGCCAAAUAAUUCAUUAUAGUGCCACCACUCUCUUACCCCUGUCGUCCUCUUUCAUUCUCCUUCUCUCUUGCGUGCUCACUCGCAUUCGCCAAGCUCUUCCCACGCCGCUUUUUCCCUCGCCAUCCAUAUCUCCUUUCCUCAACGCCGCCGCCGCCGUUGUCGCGACAUCCUUCGCGUCUCCGUCCUCCAGUGGCAGCUUCUUCCCUCAAUCCCCAGAUUGGAGCGUGUGCUGCGUUGGAAAAAUACAUAUAGUUCGUUACCGACUCCAGUAUCCCCUGAAAUUCGCACGUCCUGGCCGCACCUGCGUUCGCAGGUGCAGACACAAAUGCGGACGUGUAUGUGCGCGAGUCAUAAUGGAAUAUUCUGUUGAUACGACGUGAUAUCUCUCUACCGUCCGGAGACGGCGACGGUGACGACAACGGCGGCGGCGACCGUCGACAGACCUAAACAACGGCGGGCCCUUAUCGUCUUCUCGUAUUCCUGUCACCUAUCGUCGCAGCCGUUGCACAU